AUGGCGAAAGAAGGACAGGAGGGGCAACAGGAGCCCUUGCCUUUUUUAGAAGACGCAAAGGCGAAUGCAUUUCUCCUUGAGCUUCCCGUUGACGGCGGCCGGACGCUACUGUGCACAGUCCGACGCCACCCUGAAGAUACCAGUUUCGGCAAGGAGACUGUACAGGUUCUGUUAUCUUUCAAGGAGCCCUUUUUUGGAGAAAACGAAUCCACCAAGGAACUGCUACUUCACUGGGGAGUCGCUAAGAACCCGGGGGAGUGGCUGCCUCCUGACGGCGACUUGAGGAAGCAGCUGUGCUGUGGCGGUCAGCCCGUGAAGGUCGCAGACACGGCGACAGAUAUUCCCUUUCCGUCUCCUAGUUCCAGCCCGCCAACAGUACUUGAGUUGACUUUCCCAGAAGAUGUGGCCCCGGACUACAUGGUGUUCGUGUUGCACUCCCCCCCGCGUGAUUGGUUCAAGCAGCCUUCCCCAGGAAGGCCAUCUACGAAUUUCAUGCUUCCUCUAAAGCAAACACUCAAACAGAUAUUGUCGAGAAGCUCCUUUCUUAAAGCCAUAUAUGCCUACAAACAGACACAGCCUCUGCAAGAAACCAAACCCUCCAGCACUCAGUACUGGCGAGUUGCGGUGAAUGACGGUGGAAUGCAACUAGUGGCCAUGACGUUCGUGGACAAAGAAUCCUGCGGAUUAGAGCUCUUCUGCGAUUGGCCAGCAGCUCUUCUGCUUCACUGGGGAACAGCGGAAACCCAACAAAGCCCCUGGAAACGCAUGGAGCUCAAUAAAAUGCUGGUGCACGUUGACAGCGAAGGGCAUCAGAUGCAGCACCCGCGUUGCCAAGACUACCUGGAAAAGUACAAAAGGGAGGAGUCCAAACGGAACACCAACGAAGAAAAGAAAGCGAGCUCCGGGAAGGCAUGCAAUGCUGAAGAACGGGAAAAUUUCAGUAAAGACUCAUCAGUAGACGCGUGCCACCUAGAGACGCUAUACGGGACGUUCGGUCACUACGCCAUAGACGACAAGGCAGCACAAACCUUAUUUGAGUUCUGCGAGACGUCGCGUAGCGUGGGCUUUCAGCGCGUGGCUCUCUGUUUCAGGGGAGACGCUGUGCCUUGCGGGGUUUCGUUUGUGUUGAAAGAGGUGAAAGCAGAUCGUUGGUUUGCGGACCAAACAGGGGACUUCUUCGUAAAACUCCCGACACAUCCUCAUUGGGAGGCACUGCGCGAAAAGUACCGGAAGAUUGCAGAGUUGCGAGCGGCUGAGGAGGCCAAGAAGGUAGAGGAGCGAAAGAAAAAGUGGGAUAAAGCUCAGCAAGCAUUCAACAAGCUUGCUCAGGAGCAGAACCCCGAAACUGCCCUCACGUUGCGUCGAGUGCCUCUCUCCAAUGGCGUGGGAGAACUUCUGGUGAAGACAGAGGCUGACGCGUCUAAGCAAAGCAUCCUCAUCUCACUGACGGCUUGUCUGCAAACCCCUUGUAUGUUGAGGUGGGGUAUGGUUGACAUUAUGGGAAGAAAACAAACGGAACUCCAUCGGGAGGCUGAGGCCGGUGGAGGGCCCCGGAGUGAUACAGGAAAAGGCGGGAGGUACCAAUGGAUUUGCCCCCCUCCUGAUAUCAGGCCUCCCCAUACAGUAGUGGCGGAUCCACUUCGGGCUUGCGAGACACCCUUUGAAGAUAGUCCUGAUGGCCUUUUGCAGCACCUAGAGAUACACGUCCCAGCAGUCAAAACCACUCCCCACUUCCAAGGGGAUCCCGGAAUUGAGCCACUCUUCGAUGGCUUUGCCUGCUGCCUAAGGGAAAGGGAUGCCGACAAAUGGUACAAGGCUAUUGACAAUCGUGACAUUCAAGUCCGCUUGCUGGACGUGGAAAAUAUGCCGUGUAAGGGGGAGAACCGCGAAUACCUGGAAAAGAUCGUGGAGGCCGAGGUGGAGUGGCAACACAUGACAUUGAUGCAUAGAUACAAUCUGAUGCGUGAGUUUUACGAAUCCUUUUCGAGGCGAUCUGAGGCCAGACUUUCGUCAUCUUCGGACUAUUGCAAACGGUCUCAAAGCGCCGCAGAGCUGGCGCGCACUUGGCUGCAGAGGCAGUGGGAGGGGGACGAGGCGCCGUUGCCUGAGGGAUUCGGGGCCUGCAUGGAGAAAGCCUUGUCUGCCCACAAUCUCCUUGCAUGCGGUGACCUUGCUGCCACUGAGGCCGCAGAGGAGACCGACUUCUGGGAGCUGAUGCACACAUGGGCCCGUUUUGCAUUUCUAGGGCUGCUGGAUUGGCAAAGGAAUUACAAUACAAAGCCUCGAGAGUUGGCCCACGCAUGCGAAUCCCUGACGUUCUACACUGUCAAACUCUGGCGAAACUUUCCCACUCACCGUCCGCUGAUUCGCUCGUGCCUCAGCACUAUGGGUAGAGGUGGCUCGCAGGGUCAGGCUAUCAGAGACCGAAUCCUAGAGAUCAUGCACAAGCAUCAUAUACCUGAACAUGGAUCCUUCUAUGAACAGUGGCACCAAAAGCUCCACAACAAUACCACUCCAGACGACAUCGGCAUCUGCAGAGCUGUAAUUGCAUUUCUCGAGAGCCGCGGAGACCAUUCAGCAUUCUGGCGAGUUCUAAAUGAUCAUGGAAUCACAAAGGAACGGCUCGCCAGCUACGAGAGGAAGAUUACUAUGGAGCCCCAUAUGGUGCAAACAGACAUAAAUGAACUUGUAAAUGACUUCAAAGCAUACCUUAGCGUGAUCCAGGAUGUGCACGAUGCAAGGGAUGCUCGAAAAGCAUUUGACUACGCCCGCGGGUACCUCGCCGGGGACACCAUCCAAAUUGUAGAAAGAGUGGUGUGGGAGAUGGGACAGCGGACAGACAACAUGGGGGCGGGGGAGCUACACAACCGUUUUGCCCGUUUAUCAGAGGCACGUCGGCUCAUUUGUUUCCAGCUAAAUGAGAGCGGUGGUCUUGACACUUCAGACAACUCAAAGAUUGCCGGAACGAGGGAACUUCUGAUGCUGGACUUCGUCUUGGAGCAGCAGCAAGGACUGUUGCUCCAAGCCACGGCUUCCUUCGAUGUACAGCAACUUGCAAUGCACCUUAGAGAACUCCUACUGUGCCUUUCUGCCCACGACCCGUUCAAUGUUGAGCUCACGAAUUUGUGCGCUGACUGGCAGCACCUGUCUGGAGAACUCGCAGCUAAAUGCGCCUCUGGAGAUAGCUCAGACAACGAAUGCCGGGAAGGAGCUCUACUAUUGAAGGCCUUGUUAGAUCGUUUGUCGCGUUUUGUCGGCAAGCAGGUGGACUCUGUGCAGGAGGGUCUAGGGCCGAAGGCACAGUACUUGGGGGCGCAAGUAGGAACCGACAAAAAGGUUCUAGACGUUUUCGUAGAUGAGAUCCUACGGGGGUCUUCCCUACUGAGUAUCUCGUUUUCAGUCAAGCGCCUUGAACCCCUGCUGAGGAAGGCAGCGAAGCUUCCUGCCUGGCAACUCAUUUCAGUAGUAGAAAAAGUCAGGGGUGAAUUUGUCACAAUUAAUGAGCUCUCGGGCAUCCAGGAUAAGGUAUUUGAAUCGCCAACAGUCCUGUUUUGCAGUGCUGUGAGCGGUGAAGAGGAGAUUCCCGAAGGUGUCCAGGCCGUUCUAGUCCGUUCUGCAGCUGUUUCCCCCGAUAUCCUCAGCCAUGUCUCUGUCCGAGCACGGAACGCCCACGUGCUGUUGGCUGUGUGCUUUGACGAGGCGGAAAGUCGCAAACUCGAACAGCUGGCUGGGCAGUGGGUGGAGGUCCAGUGCAUGCGCGAUGGCAGCAGUCUAAGUGUGGCGGUGGCGCACAACGGGAAGCCCGACUCGUUGAUACAGAGGACCUGUUCCAGCCUCUUUGACCGUAAGGUUUCUCAGCUGACCCUGGAAACGCAUGAGGAAGAAGAACUCCGUAAAUCUAUUAAACAUGCAGACAAAAACGUGGCGAUUCUCGAUGCUCCUACGGAUGCUCCAUGGGCCAUCACUUUAGACAAGUUCACUUCGUCCUUGGUUGGGUCAAAGUCAUUGAAUAUCGCGAAACUGAAGUCAAGCCUUCCCAAAGAUGUGCUGACCCCUUACUCGGUUGCUCUCCCUUUUGGCAGUUUGCAGCGUACACUCCAUGCGUCUGAGAAUGCAGAGACAUUGAGGUCUCUUAGUGCUGCCUUGCGGCGCUUGUCUAUUCGUCUCAAGAACUCGGAAGCAGAGGCCAUCUUCGACGUAUGCCAGAAGUCCAUUGCAAAUGUUUCAAUCCCCAAAGACCUUCGCCAGGCUCUCGAAGAAGCUCUUCAAAGCAGCGAUGCCCAAGGAGCUAUCAGUAAUAUUGCCAACUUGGGGCUGCGGCCUCACCUGAUGGAUCUUUGGAAAGAGGCGGGCGACUCCAAGUGCACACGCGCCCUGGUUGAAGUGUGGGCUUCUCUUUUCGGACUGCGCCCAUGGGUUUCACUUACUAAAGCAUCUCGAGACUACUGCGAACUUAACAUGGCUGUUCUAGUUCAAGACGAGAAUGAGUUGUACGGAGAAAUCGCGCCAGGUGAGUUGUUGCGCUUGCUGACAGAACUUGAGGACUGUGUAGCCUGUCAAUGGAAUGGACUUGGGGAAGUCAUUGUCGGCAAUUACGCCGGGCGUGCUUUAGGAUGGACACAAACGCGCAGUGGGGAACCUAGAGUUAUUGCUUUUCCCAGCAAAAGCGUCGCCCUCACAUGCAAGCAGUGUCUAAUUUUCCGGUCGGACUCAAACGGAGAGGACCUCGAAGGCUUUGCUGGAGCUGGGCUGUUUGAGUCCAUCCCUGCAGAACGAGCAUUUUGGCUGCCUCUCUGUUACUGGAGACAGCGCCUCGUUAGCGACAGACUUUAUAGAGAUGCGCUUCUGUCCAAGAUAAGUAAAGUUGGAAGGCUCGUGGAAGAAGUCUACGGGGCCCCACAAGACAUUGAGGGAGUUGUCAUCGGUGACGACACCGUUGCACUUGUGCAGACAAGACCCCAGGUCUAG